ACAGCUCAGCUCUAGGUUGCGGACAGAGAAAGGCACAGGAAGAUCUUGUUAUAUAGUAAUGCUAUUUCUGACAUAUAGGCAAACUCUAUUUACGCACGAACUCUGAGCUCCUCUUCCCGCGCGCGAUGAACGCGUCGCGCUCGCUCAGCAUGGGGAUCCCCACUCAAAUGGCCAACAGCACCGCGGUCAGUGACUCUCUCGCCCCGUGGAAUUACAGCGCAGUGAGCGCGCACAAACUGAUGGAGCUGCCGGCACGAGCCACUACGGUGGCGAUGGUGCAGGAUGUUCGACAUCCUUUCCCGACUGUAGAUGUUCCAGAUCAUGCUCACUACACCAUCGGCUCUGUCAUUCUGGCGGUGGGCAUCACCGGCAUGGUGGGAAAUCUUUUGGUCAUGUAUGCCUUUUGCAAGAGCAGGAGUUUGAGAACACCCGCCAACAUGUUCAUCAUUAAUCUUGCUGUCACUGAUUUCCUGAUGUGUGUCACUCAGACACCAAUCUUCUUCACCACCAGUUUGCACAAGCGAUGGAUCUUUGGAGAAAAAGGCUGUGAGUUAUAUGCAUUCUGCGGUGCUCUGUUUGGAAUUUGCUCAAUGAUCACACUCAUGAUUAUUGCAGUAGAUCGAUACUUUGUGAUCACUCGUCCUUUGGCCUCUAUUGGCGUUAUGUCACGCAAACGAGCCUUGCUGAUCCUCUGCGCUGCCUGGGCUUACUCUAUGGGCUGGAGCCUGCCCCCCUUUUUUGGAUGGAGUGCAUAUGUUCCUGAAGGUCUGCUGACAUCCUGUUCGUGGGACUACAUGACCUUCAGUCCUUCUGUUCGAGCCUACACAAUGCUGCUCUUCACUUUUGUAUUCUUCAUUCCCCUCUUCGUCAUCAUUUAUUGCUACUUCUUUAUCUUCAAGGCCAUCCGUGAAACCGACAGAGCUGUGGGGAAAAUCAAUGGAGAAGGAGGACCCAGAGAUUCUAUCAAGAAGAUCCACAGGAUGAAAAACGAGUGGAAGAUGGCAAAGAUAGCGCUUAUAGUGAUCCUGCUGUAUGUCAUCUCCUGGUCUCCAUACUCCUGUGUGGCUCUCACUGCUUUUGCUGGAUACGCAGACAUGCUGACACCCUACAUGAACUCUGUGCCCGCUGUGAUUGCCAAAGCAUCUGCCAUCCACAACCCCAUCAUCUAUGCUAUCACUCAUCCCAAAUACAGGUCUGCCAUUGCAAAGUACAUCCCAUGUCUUGGAGUGCUGCUGUGUGUUCCUCGUAGAGACCGCUUCAGCAGCAGUAGCUUUAUGUCCACACGACGCUCCACUUUGACCAGCCAGUCCUCUGAGACCAGCAACAACUUGCAUCGAGCCGGAAAGGCACGCUUGUCCUCUGUAUCUGACAGCGAAUCAGGUUGGACGGACACAGAAGCAGAUCUCUCCACUGCAAGUUCCCGGCCUGCUAGUCGCCAGGUCUCAUCAGACAUCCGCAAAGAUAUGUGCGAUAUCAAGCACAGCAGCUCUCUGAGGCUAAAGGUCAAGAGCAGAGACUCUGGCAUCUUCGACAGGACCUCAGCCCAGAGUCUAGCCGACCCGAGCACCAACCGGCCCUGUGCAUACAUCAGCACGGUUGGUGACAAAGAUGAAAUCUCCAUGGCCGAGGUCAGCCUAUCCAGUUGUCCCUCAUCCUCUGCGAAUGACAUCUCAGAGAAAGCAGAUGAGAAAAGGCCGUUGGUUCGGAUCCCAUCCAUCAUUGUGACUUCAGAAACCAGUCCUGCUGUCUUGUCAGCGGGACACUCUUCCAGGCUCAUACCUGGAGCUCCAGCAGCCACAGACUCUGUCACCGCGACUGACUGAACACUGAUGCUUGGUCAUCUGACUGUCUCUUCCUCAUUUCUGUCUUCUUUACCCAGGGCUCAAAAAACCAACCUGCAUGCAGUUACAACUGACAUCUGAAUUAUUGUUACCUUUGCCUGUUUUCAGAUGAUAACCGGGCAACCAUAAGGUAAACAGGGUCAGUAUUUUGACAUGAAAGUGGGGUCAGGACACCCAUUCAGGGUUUUUCCGGUGGUAUGGAGAUGAUCCUCUCCUCUCAGGGAAGAAAAGCAGCAGUUGGUGUCUGAGUUGUGGAUUUUGGCACCGGCUCUGAAUAUGUGUUCAGAUUCCCUUUUCAAUGAGCUGCUUUGUCCAAUAAUGCCUGUGCUGUAUAGGUCAUAGCAAAAAAAAACAUUGCCUGCGUCUGCACAAGAUCAGAAACAACAGGUUAUUUAAGAACUGAAAAUUUAACACUUAAG